AUGCGUCUCUCUACUGCGAUUGCCUCUACUGUCCUCUCCUUCCUCGCUAUCGGUGUCUCUGCCGAUCUGUGGAUCCCACCUGUCAUUGAACCCAGCGCGGACACCGUCUGGGUCGUCGGCCAAUUCUACAAUAUCACUUGGGAUAACUCUGAUCCACCUGUUAACAUCACUGACUCACUGGGUCAUGCCUAUCUCGUCAAAGACUUCCUCCUCGACCCCAACCAGCCGCAGAUCGCAAGCAACUUCCCUCUGCGCCAGGGUUGGGUCACCGUCCAGGCACCCGACGUAGCACCUGCAGACGACUACAGCAUCCUCCUGUUUGGUGAUUCGAGCAACUUCGGUCCUGAGUUCUCGAUCGUCAGUGCAUAG